UUCCCCUUAUCGGUCCCUUUCUUCCUCCUCAACCCAUCCAAAUCUCCUCUCUCACUCUCUCUCUCUCUCCCUCUCUCUCCUUCUCUUCCUCACACUCUGCAACUGUAAUGUCUGCACCAGAAGACCGACUGGAUCGGUUCGAAACAGCCACCAAUGAUGAGGAAUCGCCGUCCGCUGGCUACACGAAGAACCGGCCCCGGCAAUCCGCGCUGCCAUACCGGGGAGUUCGUCGACGAAGCUGGGGACGUUACGUUUCCGAGAUACGCUUACCCAAGAAGAAGACCAGAAUCUGGCUGGGCUCCUUCCUAUCGCCGGAGAUGGCCGCACGCGCCUACGACUCGGCCGCGUUCUUCCUGAAAGGGCAAUCGGCGACACUCAACUUCCCCGAGUCAGCCGGCUCUCUGCCUCGCCCCCUUUCGUCGUCGCGCAAGGAUAUACAGACGGCCGCUGCGAAGGCCGCUCUCAACUCGGUGGCCAACCGGGAGCUAUUGGAGCCGGGCCGGGCGGAGGUCGAACCGAGCUCGUGUUCCGGUUCGGCCUCCGAGGUUUGGUGGGAUUUGGACCAAGAGCUGGCGAGCGUGUUUGAUGACGUAAGAGAGGCGCCUCUUCAUAGCCCGUUGAGGUUGGAUUCCAUCGCCGGCGAGUUUCUCUCCGGCGAAGUCAUCGAUGAGAACGGGUUCCUGUUGUCUUCUUUCGAGUUAUGAAGUGAAAUUAACAAAAUGCCCUCGAUCUGAAACUUGAAUGCCUUUUCUGACCUUCAAUUGUGGCUUGUGCCUUGUUCAUAACCAUAACACCGUCUAUAUCCUCCGGAUGGGCAGUUCAGCCGGAUCUCAGUGAUCAGACUCUGGAUGUGUAAAACAUGUUAAUAGAACUUGGAUUUGGGUGUGAAUUGUUCUCCCUCUAGACUCUGGUCUGGUAAUAGAAUUGUAGGGACAUUUUGGUAAGUAUCUUUAUUUAUUUAUUUGUAAUUGGUUUGGAAUAUGGAUAUGGUUGUUUAUAUUUUCUUUGUGGAUUGAAGAUGUAACUUUUAUAGCAACAACAUGAAAUGGUGCCAUGGUGGAGUGGAUUCUAGGGAAAAAAUUGAAAUUAUGGAA